GGACCCUAAUUAUACAUCUGAGGGAACAUCUGGGUGAGUUGACAAUGAGCUACUAGUGUGGGGCUUUAAACAUGGACCUAUACAAGACAGCUCUCCUCCUUGGAGCCUUCAUCUGCUCUGCCGGUGCCACAGACGUAGACGGCUACACCAAAACUGAAGGUGCAUGGGUUCUCUCUCUGAACAAAAGGCAGUACAUGGUAAGCGAAGUCGCCAGCUGUGCAGCCAAAUGUGACGCUGAAACAUCCUUUACAUGCAAAGCUUUCAUAUAUGUGGAGAAGGAUCAGGAAUGUUGGACGGCAGCAUCAAAUUCGAAGACGGAGCUUGUUGUUCGCAGACAAAGCUCCGUUUUAUAUGAAAAGAAAAAAUACCUCCUGGAGUGUGUAAAUGGACUCGGAGAAGAUUACAGAGGAACCAAAGACCGAACAAAAACAGGAAAACUGUGUCAGAGAUGGGAAGCAAAAACUCCACACAGACCCAAUUACACACCACAGACCCAUCCCCUCAAAGACCUGGACUCGAACUUCUGCAGAAAUCCUGAUUCCGACUCUCAAGGACCCUGGUGUUACACCACUGACCCAAACACCCGCUGGGAGCACUGCAACGUGCCCAGCUGUACUGAGGACUGUAUUCAUUGCAGCGGAGAGAACUACAGAGGAAAGACCUCCACCACUGAAAGUGGUCUCACCUGCCAGCGCUGGGACGUCCAGCAACCUCACAAUCAUGGUUACAACCCAGCAGCUCUUCCAGAGAAAUACCUCGAGGAGAACUACUGCAGAAACCCAGAUGGAGAUCCACGACCAUGGUGCUUCACCACCAGCGCGUCCAAACGAUGGGAUUUCUGCUCCAUUCCUCGCUGCACAUCGGAGCCUCCCACCAUCGUCCCGGAAAUGACUUGCAUCAGUGGUGAGGGUCAAGAGUACAGAGGAACGAUUGCUGUAACAGAGAGUGGCAAAACCUGUCAGAGCUGGUCUGCUCAGACGCCUCAUAAGCACAACCGCACACCUGAGAACUACCCCUGCAAAGGUUUAGAUAAUAACUAUUGUCGUAAUCCCGACAAUGAAAGGAGACCUUGGUGUUACACCACCGACUCUGAGACUCGCUGGGAGUACUGCUCUGUGCCACGCUGUGGAGACGCUGCAGAUCCAAAUGAAGGUGUGGUUCCCCCCGAGGAAGACGACUGCUAUGAGGGGAACGGCAGCAGCUAUCGGGGAAUAACAUCAGAGACCAUCAGUGGGAAAAGAUGCCAGAGGUGGCUCUCUCAGACCCCGCAAAGACACGACAAAACUCCAGCGAGUUACCCCUUAGCGGACCUCAGGAGAAAUCUGUGCAGAAAUCCCGACGGAGACCGAGCACCAUGGUGUUACACCACCGACCCCAAAGUCCGCUGGGAGUAUUGCAACAUUGAAAAAUGCUCCAGCAAGCCCACAGGACAAAACCCUGUUCCUCAGGCCACCCAGACUACUGCAGAGAGAGACUGCAAGAUCGGAAAUGGAGCUGCAUACAGAGGCCCGACCUCCAUGACUGUGCUGGGUGUAACUUGUCAGGCCUGGAGUGCUCAGAGCCCACACCAGCACAACAGCUUCACACCAACCAGUCAUCCAGAUAAGGGUCUGGAUGGAAAUAGCUGCAGAAACCCAGACAACGACGUGAACGGACCAUGGUGCUACACCACUGACCGGAACAAGAAGUGGGACUACUGCCAGAUCCCUGAUUGUGCUGGAUUGGACUGUGGGACACCGGUUGUCAAACCAAUGCGCUGUUUUGGUCGCGUUGUUGGUGGUUGUGUGUCCAAACCUCACUCCUGGCCCUGGCAAAUCAGCCUGCGAACCAGUUCAGGCGUCCAUUUCUGUGGCGGGACUCUGAUUCACCCACAGUGGGUCCUCACUGCUGCACACUGCCUAGAAGGUUCCAAGCGGCCCUCAGCCUACCAGGUAGUCCUGGGUAUCCACACGGAAGCAGCUUCAGAGCCGUCCAAACAAUUGAGGCAGCUGGAGAAACUGGUGCUGGGACCUAAUGGAGCUGAUAUUGCUCUUCUCAAACUACAGAGGCCCGCUCUUAUAAAUGACAAAGUGCUUCCUGCCUGUCUGCCAGAAAAGGAUUACAUCGUUCCCAGUGGAACGGAGUGUUACGUCACUGGUUGGGGUGAGACUCAAGGUAGUGGAGGCGAAGGUUUCCUGAAAGAAGCUGGUUUUCCCGUAAUCGAGAACAGAAAAUGCAAUCGGCCAUCUUACCUGAACGGAAGAGUUAAAGACCACGAGAUGUGUGCAGGAAACCUUGAUGGAGGAGUCGACAGCUGCCAGGGUGACAGUGGAGGUCCUCUGGUCUGUUUUGCACAGAAUAAGUACGUUCUGCAGGGCGUGACUUCAUGGGGUUUGGGGUGUGCCAACGCCCUGAAACCUGGAGUCUACGCUCGAGUCUCGAAGUUUGUGGACUGGAUUGACAGAACAAUAAAAGCCAAUUGAGAUGUUCCACCGUGAAAAGGACUUGUCGUCAAACAGUGCAUCCUUCGUGGUUUUGGGUCUACAUAACUCAGUUUUCUGUGAUGGCUUUAAAUGAAAUGUUAUGACAAGGAAAUCUGGAAUCCAUACUUGUUAAAAAAAAAGUCUACCAUAUGCUAUUUGAAUUGAUUAAAUAAAACAAUAGAAUUAGGUUGUUUUUGGUUCCAAAAAUCCCUUUAUUUUUCAUUUUAAAAUGAGGAUGAAAGCAUUUUAAAGGGAAUACUAGAAUUAAAAGUUUUACAUCAGA